CAGUCCUAUCCAAUGACAUUUACAAUCAAUUACAAAGAUAGAAGGCAAUUCUUACUGUUUGAACUUCUCCCCCAUCUUUCUGCAAUGUAAUCCUACUGCGGCGCUCAAGCAGGCAAUAUAAGUAAAGCUUGGUUUCCAAAGUCCACCUCACGGACCUGACAAGCUAGCUGAGUGCUAGUAACAGACCAUCGCAUCUGAAUUCCUCGCCGAAGAAAGCGAUCUAUAACCCCAAAUCCCUCUUACUAUCACACUGAACAACAUGGAUCCCGCCGUCGCAAACGUUCCUCCCAUGAAGGACCUGACGAUUGACAAUAUCACCGAGAACACGGUGCUGAUCAACUCGCAGAGCUCGGAUCAGCGCUUGACGUAUGUGAUGGAGCGGCUGGUGACGCAUCUUCAUGAUUUUGCGCGGGAGACGAGGUUGAGUACCAGUGAAUGGAUGGCGGCGUUGAAUUUCUUGGUCAGGGUGGGACAGAUUAGUAGUGAUGUUCGACAUGUGAGGCUUAUGUUUCUCUUCCCUUUCUCACUUUCUCACUGGCAAGCUUGGGAUGGGAGUAUGAUGGUAUGCAAGAAACUGAUUACUAACUGCCCCGGAAACAGGAAUUCAUCCUCCUCUCCGAUAUCCUCGGCCUCUCCCUCCUCGUCGACGCAAUCGACCAUCCUAAACCGCCUUCCAGCACUGAAGGCUCGGUCCUCGGCCCGUUCCAUACACAUGAUCCGCCGACGAUUGGGAACGGAGCGAGUAUGUCGUCGGAUCCGAAGGGGGAACCGUGUUUGGUGGUUUGUACGGUGAAGGAUGUGCAGGGGAAUCCGGUUGAGGGGGUGAAGGUGGAUAUUUGGGAGACGGAUAGUACGGGGCAUUAUGAUGUCCAAUACAAGGAUUUGGAGAGUCCGGAUGGGAGGUGUGUUAUGAGAAGUGAUCGGGAGGGGGGGUUUUGGUUUAAGGCUAUUGUGCCGGUGCCUUAUCCGGUGGGUUUGUUCACCUAGUGAUUGUGAUGGGAAGGUUGCUUUUGGCAGAGACUUUGUGCUUUGCUCUGGAGGGUAUCUUGGGUUUUUUGGAAGAGAUAUAUAUACUGACUUGAAACUUGUGGUUAGAUUCCUCAUGAUGGACCAGUUGGACAGCUGCUGAAGUUGUUAAAACGCCAUCCUUGGAGACCAGCACACAUGCACUUCAUGUUCGAAAAGCCCGGUUGGGAUCAUCUAAUCACGUAUCUCUUCCCUCCCUACUCCUCCAUAACCAACUAACCAUCCCAUCCACAGAGCCCUCUACAUCCGCAACGACCCCUACGAAACCUCCGACGCCGUCUUCGGCGUCAAGCAAUCUCUCAUCGUGGACUUCACUACCGCCUCACCCGACGAAGCGAAGAAAUACGGUGUCGAAGAAGGGAGUAAGAUUUUGAAACAUGAUUUCGUGCUGGUUAGUGAGGAGGAGACGAGCAAAUUGAGGGAUCGGAAUGCUCUCGAGGCUUUGGCGAGGUUGGGGAGGAAGGUGAAGUUGAUUGAUCAUUUGCCGGUUCCGGAUUUGGAUUAGGGGGUUGGAUAAGGGGAUGGUGAGGAUUGGGGGGUUGUGGUUUGCUUAUUUUGGUGGGGAGUUGUGGAAAGGGCGAAAGUAUAGUGCGGAGGUAGUGUGGAGGGGAAGUGAGAGGUCUAGAGUGGUAGGUUUGCGGAGUUUGCAUAUGUGCAAGGAUGUGAGGAUUGUUGAUUGGUAGCUGAGAUGAUAUAAUUCUUUACACAUAUAAGCAGAAGGCUAUAGUGUUUUUUCGAUUAUCUACCAGUUAUCACCUAUCAGAAAAGCACAUAAAUUGAUCAGAUGAAAGAGAACCCAAAUCCUCAAGCAGACGUUCAGGAAAAUGCAUUCAGCUCG